CCAGCUGCAAAGCAAGCAACGCGCGCAUCCUGGCCCAUUUUGCGUGGUGCAUGGCGCAGAAACCGCCGAUGUCACUGCAGUAAUUUCCAAUUGUAUGAAGACAGUGUUGGAAGAAGUGCUGGCUAUCAAGAUUUGCUCAACAAACAGUCUGUCUUUGCACUCUCCUAACAGAGGUUCUAUUCAUUAAUAUAGUGUAUAUUCUGUCUCAAACUGACUAGUGCGAAAGACUGGCUUUCAUCUUGAGUGACCCAGACAGACACAUGAUGAAACGGAGAGCCCAGUGGUGCCGAAUCACCACCUCCUGUGGAAUAACCUCCAGAGAGACCCCCCUCCGGGCCCGGAACAACCAUGAAGAACAGUGUCCACCAAAGAAGAGCCACUGCAUGAGUGGAAUGUAUUGUCUUGGGAGGACUCUGUUACCAACCAUUGUUGUGCAGCAAGAGGAAAUGACAUCAUACUUAAAACUUUUUGACGAUGAUCUAAUCCAUGACUUUUUAUUGAUGGACUGUUGCUGUAAAAUGACCGACAAGUAUCUUCUGGCCAUGGUUUUUGUCUACUUCAAAAGAACCAGUUUGACCAUUACAGAAUACACCAAGAUGAACUUUUUCAUUGCACUGUAUCUUGCCAACACCAUGGAGGAAGAGGACGAGGAGCGUAAAUAUGAGAUAUUUCCUUGGGCGCUGGGUAAGACCUGGAGAAAGAAGUUUAAACAUUUCCUCAAGCAGAGGGACAAGCUCUGGGUGCGCACAAAGUUCAGAGCGGCUGUCAGCAAGCGCUGCUGUGAAGAGGUGAUGGCAAUCAUGCCAUCUCACUUUGUGUGGAAACGUGAGCGCUCAGAGCAACACAGUGGCACUCGCAGGCAUGAUGACAUAAAAGACUGGUUUCCUCGCGGACCGACAGCCUCUCCAGUCCCUUGUACCCUCUGUAACCGCAAGAGCACAUUCAAUCAGCGGCUCCGCCGCGCUCUUAAAUCCCCCGGCACUCUGGCCACUCAUCUGAGUUUGGAGAAUACUCCACCCAGGUCCAUUGCCACUUGCAGGGAGAGCAAUGAGACUCGUGACAAAAUCCAGCGUUCUUUGCGCUUCCCUGAGGAACCAGGCAAUUCAUCCUCCAACUCUUCCACGGACUGGAUCAAUAAAUAGUCCAGUGUCUCAUCACAUCGGCAUAGUUCUCAACUUCCUGUUUCAAACUCCCACCAUGUGGGCAUUUCCUACUUUGACGCAGACUUUGUUUACCAACAACACCCAUAAAUAGAAUUCGGUGGAUGAAUUACUACUGGAAUUGUGUUUAACAUUAAAGAUAACUGUUGUCUGUAAAACACCAACAAAUAUGAUUGAAAAAGGUAUUUAUUCCUUACACUGUACUUGCUAUUUAUCAAUGUUAUUUAUUUAAAUGCUUCCAGCAUUAUAUUUGACAACCAUCAAUAUAUACACAUUAACCCUGUGUUUGGGAGAAUUUAAGCCACGAUUCCUCAAGUUGGUGUCACAUACUUAAGAUGUUGCUGUUUCGAACCGUCAAUAAAGACUAUCUGAAAUUCUGUA